AUGGCUAUGCAGUGUGCUCGCGCCCGACUCCCCGGCCGGUUCCUGCGGCGCUGCUUCUCCUCCUCUGCACCCUGUCACGAGAUCCGCGAUAUUGCGGGCCUGUCGCAGCGGCUGAUUCCCAAAUACCAAGAAUCCCAGGGCGAACUACUGUCUUUGCAAUGGCCGGCGCCUCCGCGCAACAUUCUGUUGGUGCGCAAAGACUGUGCGCCAGCCGUGACUGAAUCCCUGAUUGAAUUUUCCAACCAUAUCACCUCGACAUAUCCCUCCAUCUCGGUGGUCCUUGAAUCACGAACAGCCGCCGACGUCCAUUCUUCACUUCCCUAUCCCGUCUACUCCGCAUCUUUAGACGAUAAGCCAACCGCAUUUCAUGACAAGAUAGACCUCACGGUCACGCUCGGUGGAGACGGUACUAUUCUACAUGCAUCCUCGCUGUUUGCGACAUGUUCCAAUGUGCCCCCGGUUCUCUCGUUUAGCAUGGGCACUCUGGGCUUUUUGAGCGAAUGGAAAUUCUCCGAGUUUAAACGAGCCUUUCGCGAGGUCUACAUGUCCGGGGCUGGAGCCGGGGAUCGCACCCCGGUUCUCGAAGAACCCCAACCCCAACCCCCGUCUACAUCUACAUCUACAGUUAUGUCCGUGGCCGACGACGAAGCAGAACCACCAUCGGGCCCGACUGGCUGGUCCUCAGUCCGGGGCAAGUCCAUGGGCUGCACCAGGGGCGCCCCAAUUCUGAUGCGCAACCGUCUCAAGGUCGGACUAUUCACCGGCGACGGGGAGGAGACCACACCGAUCCGCGGCAAGUCGGACCAGGGCCAGGGGGUGUACGUGAUGAACGAGCUGCUCAUUCAUCGCGGUAAAGAACCACACCUGGCGGUGGUGGACAUUUUCGUUGGCGGACGGUUCCUGACAGAAGCCGUGGUGGACGGUAUCAUUAUUUCGACGCCGACGGGUAGUACGGCGUACAGCCUCAGUAGCGGCGGCAGUAUUGUGCACCCGCUCGUCCCUUCGAUCCUGCUGACUCCGAUCUGUGCGCGCAGUCUGAGCUUCCGGCCCUUGGUUCUCCCUUUGAGUACGCCGAUCACGCUCCGGUUGAGUGAGAAGAACCGCGGGCGCGAGCUGGAGGUCAGUCUGGACGGGGUGAAUCUUGGCCAAGGGAUGGCAGUCGGCAUGGAGGUCCGCGUGUGGAAUGAGGAGAUGCGGCAUGGCAAGAAUGAAUGGCAGGGCGGCGUACCUAGUGUGAUGCGGAGAAGUAUGGGCGGCGAGGCACACGAGGGAUGGGUUGGGGGGUUGAACGGGCUGCUCAAGUUCAACCAUCCGUUUGGCGAGUAA